GUCACAACAUAGAUAUGUCUAGAUACAUUUUAACACAAAAAUACACGCAUAACCGGUAUGACCGUUUUACAGAGGCUGGUUCCGUCUUACUUUUUGUUAUUCUUUUGCAGUCGCACAGAAACUACGUCACAGGCUAUGUUCAAGAGUCGCACAAAAUAAGCGUCAUAAUAGCGUCGCUGUAGCACGCAUACUCGCCAUUUUCGCAGCUCUUUGUGCGCCACUCUCUGCUAAGAGUUUGCGUGUUUUAAUCGAGCGAUUCGUCGACUCGGACAUUAGUUCUGUUAUUAAACAUGCAGGGUAACAGAGGCCCCCAUCACAACCAUGGACCCAACCGCCCAGGAGACCAGAAGAAACCCGGAGGAACAAACACAAACGGCCAGCAGCCUGAGCACAGCGAACAGACCAACCCCAAUGAGGCCUUAACCCUGGACCUGCAGAGCUUCAGGAAGCCGGGAGAGAAAACCUUCACCCAGCGCAGCAGGCUUUUUGUGGGAAACCUGCCCACCGGGAUCGCCGAGGAUGAUCUGGAGAAGAUGUUCGCCAAGUACGGCAAGGCCAGUGAGAUCUUUAUAAACAAGGAAAGAGGCUUCGGCUUCAUUCGGCUGGAGACCAGAAUCAUAGCUGAGAUUGCCAGAGCCGAGCUGGAUGAUACCCCAUUCAGAGGCAGGCCCAUACGAGUGAGGUUUGCAACACAUGGGGCUGCUUUGACUGUGAAAAAUCUGCCCGAUUUUGUGUCAAACGAGCUGCUGGAGGAGGCCUUUGCUGUGUUUGGUCAGAUAGAAAGAUCUGUGGUCAUAGUGGAUGACCGUGGGAGGCCCACAGGAAAGGGGAUAGUGGAGUACACAUCAAAGCCAGCUGCAAGGAAGGCACUGGAUAAGUGCAGUGAUGGUGCUUAUCUUCUCACAGCCUUCCCUCGACCUAUCACAGUGGAGCCUAUGGAACAGUUAGACGAUGAGGAGGGUCUGUCAGAGAAGCUCAUCAACAAAAACCAGCAGUACCACAAAGAACGUGAGCAGCCACCACGAUUUGCUCAGCCGGGCUCUUUUGAGUAUGAGUACGCCAUGCGUUGGAAGGCCUUGAUGGAGAUGGAGAAGCAGCAGUAUGAAAUGGUGGACCGCAACAUGAAGGAGGCGCAGGAGAAGCUGGAGGCUGAGAUGGAGGCGGGCAGGCACGAGCAUCAGGUGAUGCUGAUGAGGCAGGACCUGCUGAGGCGGCAGGAGGAGCUGCGAAGGAUGGAGGAGCUCCACAGUCAGGAGGUGCAGAAGAGGAAACAGGCUGAGAUCCGGCAGGAGGAGGAACGUCGUAGGAGAGAGGAGGAGAUGAGGAUGCGCAAUGAGGAGAUGAUGAAGAGGCAGCAGGAGGGCUUCAGGGGCAACUUCUCUGAAAACAGGGAGCAAGAAAUGAGGAUGCAUAUGGGCAACCAUGGGAUGGCCAUGAACAGAAACUCUCUGGGUGGUAAUUCUGGUCCUGCUGGUGCUGCAGGCUUGGCUGCAGAGAACGCCCCCCUGAUGGCUGGGCCAGGAAACAACAACAUGCCUGGAGGUGGCCAGGGGGGCUUCCCGAGAGGUCUCCCUGGCACUGGAGACUAUGGACCUAACAAGCAGCGCAGAUUUUGAACCACGUCUUAUCCCUCCUUUCAUACUCACUGUAUUUUGAAAUUCUUGUUGUGAGUUUUACUUUAUGAACUUUAAAAAAAAAAAAAACUGUUGCAUGUAUUUUUUUCUUUUUUUUACAUUUUAUUUGUACUUUCAAGUUACGUUUUAGUACAAAGAUAUUCUAACUUUCCAAAUGAGCCAUGUGUGUUACUUUAUUACUCACCUAAAUGUAGUUUUUCAUAGGGAUAGAAAUGUUUUUGUCCUGGACAUGUUGACUUUAUGAAAUAAUAAAUUCAUGAUUCCCUAAGAGA